AUGAGACUCGCAGCAGCAACAGCAGCAGCAGCUGCUGCUGUGCUCCUGCAAGGCUGCCCUGUUCAGAGCGCUGGGCCGCCCCAAUCAUGGCCGGCUUGGGGGAUUCAGCAGCCCGGAGGCCAGCCAGGCAUGGUGCCUCAGGGAGCCCCUGCUUCGUGGUGGCCGGCCGUGAAUCCUACUUCCCAACAGAGCGGCUCCAGCGCGCCGUUGCAACAGCAGCAGCAACAUGCGCCUGUUGUUGCAGGAGCGCCAGGAGCAGGGGCGCCUGUGCAGAUGCCUGCUCUGAUGCAGAUGCAAGGCUUAGUGCAGCAGCGGGCUCGGGUGCAACCUCCUGCGGUUUUGCCGCAGCAUGACAACGGGAGCAGCGGGGCUGUUCCUGGAGCUGUUUCUAUGUCAACCAGUGCAGCAGCAGGACUUUGGAGAUCCUCGAACACAAGCCGUGCAGUGCAGGAGCUGCAGGUGCAAGUUAACAAGGUCUUUCGGCGUCCUGGGACUGGAGGGAACUGGGGGGCACCUGGCUAUGAAGUGUUGGCGCCUGUUGAGAACUUGACGAGUGCGCUUACCGAGCUGAGCAAACUGAUUCAAAAUGUAAUAGCUUUCUGCGAGGCUGAGAAUUUGCAGAAGGGGUUUGCUGAAGACGGCGGCAGACAGCAGCUUCAGGCACUGCAGGCUAGCACCCAAGCCGCCGCUGCAGCAAGCAAGUUCCCAGUGGAAGCCUUUGUUGAGCAAGGGCGAGAUUAUGCAAGGCGAGUGACGCAGCAGAUGAGGGCGCUCCGUGAUAUGCUGAAUGUUGUAUUGGCUGCUUCCUCCAACAAGGCAACUGUGCUGCGAGAGGUACAGCAAUUCAACGCUGCUGUGGCAGACAGCAAGGAGGUGUAUCAGCUGGGGUCUCAGGUGUCGAGCGCAGCAGUGGGAGCGGUGCUUCCUUACUUGUCUACAUGUUCUUUCUUUUCAAAGAACGGCCCCCACGGCGCUUAUCGUCUGUGGUCGCUGGUGGGAGCUCGCAUCAACUCUUCCCUGCGAUAUAUGUUUCAAGUCCUCGAGGUUGCGCGUAAGACGUCAGGGCGGCUGCUCGACUUGGUGUCGGGAAAAAUCCAACCCCAAUCGCUAUUGGACUUUGCUCGCUCCAAGCCCUUCUUCCGAGCCGCUGCGUACUUAGAAACCGCAGACGCCAGAUCGGUUUCAGCAGUCAGCUAUUUCAACGAGCUUGCAGCUGCUUUCCAGCAACACACCAGCUUCCCUGCACUCUCGCGGCCUCAUGCAGCAGCAGGAGGGGCGGAGAGCAGCAGCAGCCACCGUCACCGCCACCAUUUGGACUUGAACGACGACGAGCAACAGACAUUUGAUGAAGAUGCACAGGCGGAGUUCUCUCUCAUGGCAGAGGACUUGAGCCCCGAGCCGCAGCGCCAGAAGUCUUUGCUUGGCGAAGCUGACGAUCAGGCAAGAGAAGACCUGCAAACAGCUGUUGAUGACGCGCCGUUCCUCUGGGCUGCACCUAAAGAUAGGGCCGUUAGAGAAUUCGAAGAAGGCUCCAGCGAUAUGCAAACCGUCGACAACAGCUAG